UGUGCAAUUUGUAUAUAAACAACAUAUAUACACAUAAACUAAACACACACACACACGCACAGUGGGCAGCAGGCAGUUUGAUAAGCGAUUUACAGUUACAGAUCCAGCACGCAAUUCAAUUCCCGGCCAAUUGAGACCAUUAAAAGAGCGCGGAGCGAAGGCGACACCAGUACCAGCACCAGCAGCAGCACACACACACAGACAGGCAGACAGAGAGGCACGGCAACAAGACGCAGCGUUCUUUGUUGCAAAUUACCGUUGCCCGCCCCCCCGAUACCGCGCCCCUUCCAACGCCCCCUUCCACUGGCCCACCGAUCCACGAUCCGCCAGCCAGUAGCUUCCAGCCAGUGCUCCGAUGCAGACGUCUCGCUGAGGAGGCAACAAAUCGCUGGACUGGAAAGGAGCACAGCACAGGCACAGUCACAGCCACAACCAUGUCGGCGGUCAACCAGAAGGAGAGUCCCAGCCGGGACUCGACGGCCUCCACAUCCGGCCACAUCUCGAUGCUGGCGGACAACACGCUGGAGUCCCUCUCGCGGGACUACAGCCUGGGCAGCCUAAACUCGGCGGGCAGCCAGGAUGAGUUCUUCCGGUGCCGCGACCAUGCGGACAACAUCCUCAAGCGGAUGCAGCUCUACGUGGAUAGCCAGCAGCUCUGCGAUGUGGUUCUCAUCGCCGGGAUCGAUGGCAAGAGAGUCCCCGCCCACCGCCUGGUGCUAUCGGCCUCGAGCGCCUACUUCUCGGCCAUGUUCACGGGAUCGCUGCGCGAGACCAAAGAGCAGGAGGUGACCCUCGGCGAGGUCCAUGGCGAUGCACUGCAUCUGCUCGUGCAGUACUGCUACACCGGCUUCAUCGAGAUGCGCGAGGACACCGUGGAGACGCUGCUGGCCACCGCCUGCCUGCUGCAGCUGACCGCCGUGGUCACCGCAUGCUGCAACUUCCUGGCCCGCCAGCUCCAUCCAUCCAACUGCCUUGGGUUCGCCUUCUUCGCGGAGCAGCAGAGCUGCACCACGUUGCUGCGUCUGGCGCAGGCCUACACCUGCCAGUACUUCAUGCAGGUGUGCCAGAACCAAGAGUUCUUCCAGCUGAACGCCGACCAGCUGGGCAAGCUGCUGUGCAGCGAUGAUCUCAAUGUGCCCUCCGAGCAGGAUGUCUUCCACAGUCUAAUGUCGUGGGUGCGCCACGAUUCCACUGCCCGUGAGCAGCACAUACCCGAGCUUUUGGCCCUGGUGAGACUGCCCCUGCUCCAGCCGGCGUUCAUCAUGGAUCACGUGGAGAACGUGUGCAAUGCCAACGAGUGCCAGCAGCUGGUGAUGGAGGCCUUCAAGUGGCACCUGAUGCCCGAGCGACGAUCCCGGAUCGCCACCGAGCGGACUACGCCGCGCAAAUCCACAGUGGGCCGUCUGUUGGCCGUCGGCGGAAUGGAUGCCCAUAAGGGCGCCAUCAGCAUCGAGAGCUAUUGCCCGCGAUUGGAUAAGUGGACACCGUGGAAGCACAUGACAGGCCGUCGCCUGCAGUUUGGCGCCGCCGUCAUGGAGGACAAGCUGAUCCUUGUGGGCGGCCGCGACGGGCUGAAGACCCUGAACACCGUGGAGAGUUUGGACCUGAAUACGAUGGCCUGGGCGCCGCUCAAUGCCAUGGCCACGCCCCGCCAUGGACUAGGGGUGGCGCUACUGGAGGGACCACUCUAUGCGGUGGGUGGUCACGACGGCUGGAGCUACCUGAACACCGUGGAGAGAUGGGAUCCCUUUGCCCGCACUUGGAGCUAUGUGGCGCCCAUGUCCUCGAUGCGCUCCACCGCCGGUGUGGCUGUCCUGGGCGGUCGACUGUAUGCGGUGGGCGGACGGGAUGGUUCCGUCUGCCAUCGCUCCAUCGAGUGCUACGAUCCGCACACCAACAAAUGGAGCCUCCUGGCGCCGAUGAACAGACGACGCGGCGGCGUGGGUGUGACGGUGGCCAAUGGUUUCCUCUACGCCUUGGGUGGCCACGAUUGUCCAGCUAGCAAUCCGAUGGUCUGUCGCACGGAGACAGUGGAACGCUAUGAUCCAGCCACCGAUACCUGGACACUGAUCUGCUCGCUGGCCCUGGGCCGGGAUGCGAUUGGUUGUGCCCUGCUCGGCGAUCGCCUGAUCGUCGUCGGCGGCUACGAUGGCAAUCAUGCGCUGAAGAGCGUGGAGGAGUACGACCCGGUGCGGAAUGGAUGGAACGAACUGGCGCCCAUGGGUUUCGCCAGGGCCGGCGCCUGUGUGGUGGCCAUUCCCAAUGUCAUACCGCCGGCGGCCCAACAGCCGCCGCCCAGUGCUACAGUUUAGUCUAAACCCACUCCACUUUCGGUUGCAGUGUAGGCUCGUUGAAUGCAUCGCUAGUGGGUACGGUUUACGGGUAUGGGCUUGUAUUCCGGGUUAAUAGGAAGCUUUCUAGGAACUAUGUGCAUUUAAUACCCAGCCAAACUUUCACUUUAUUAGCUCAAACUUGAGCUAACUAGAUAUUUCUGAUAAAGAAAUUACCUAUAAAAUUUAGUAUGACAAUAUUUUGGAUCAAAAUGAUGGGGGAUCUAUCAUAAAAACCAUUCCAUAAAUUUGUAGCUUACUCAUAUAGAUAUCUUUUUCCUCAAAAAUACAACUGUAUUAUAAACAAUGCAUUUCCUGUACAAAAUUCAUGAUGUUAAACUUCAAAUAUCAUUCCACACUAGCAAAAUUAUACAAUAACUACUUCCUUUGAGUAACCAGAAAAUAUAUCUAAAUUGUUUUCAUAGUAUAUUCAAAACACUCCUAGAUUUUAGAAAGGUUAGAACGAAAUUAGAGUUUUGAGUAGCUGCACCUGAGCCAGAAAGCGAUGCACUUAGCGAAAACACACUGCACCCAGUUCUAUAGUAGUUGUUGUUACUGUUGCCGUGAGCUGCUCGUGGUUGUUGCUCGUGUUCCCUAACCCGGAAAGUUUGAAAAUGCAGCUCACCUUCGCCUCGCUCUCGUCUGUGUUCUGACAUGAUUCCCCGUGGUAUGGCAUACACCCAGAAUUCACCAACUUCCCGCACACCCAGCACACCCUGUACUUCCUGUAAACCCCCCCACUUUUCGGCUGCUAUCUAAAAAUAAGUAAACUAAAACUAAAAUAAUAGUAAUAACAAAGACCCGGAGAAAUCUCAUAGGUUCUAAGAAGUGCAUGUUGCGAGGCUUCCAAUCCUAAAAUCGAUCCCUAGUUGUAAUUAACCAACGUAUUUCACACGAUCCUCUAGAUUUUAAACAUCCUCCAUCCCCCUCACUCCCAUGGUGUCGUACGCUUCACACAAUGCAUGCCAUCUCGCUCGCACCGGUGACGGGCCCACAUUCCAUAUAAUUAUAUCGUAUAUAUUCUAGAUAAGACUGCGCCAAGCCAAAAUUUUCAAACAAAAAAUUGCUCAUUUUUGCAUGUGAAGUGUGCGAAACCAUUAAAAAAAAAAAAAACGAAAACAAUCAAAAAAGACAGCUGCAAUUGCUUAGUUUUAGUUAGUAAAUACGUAUGUAUUCCAUGGAAUGAUUAAAUUUCGACCUCUGCAUCGUCAUUUUGUACCGAUAUUGCUUAGUAAAUCUAGAUGUGUGUGUGUGCGUACAUCGAGCAUUUAUUUCUAAUUGUUUAUUAUGUUUUUAUUUCUUUCUUUUCCCCUUUCCCUUCGAUUGCAUUUAAAAAA